GCCUGCCCAAUCAUGUUGAAUUGUGACCAUUUGGCGCACCAUCAUAUAUGUGACGCAAUCGCUGCUUUCUCCUUUCUGCGCAUUUGGCAUCCGAUGCUCUUGAAAUUUCGCGACGACUCUUCUCCCUCUUGCCGCUCAAUUUCCUCCAAAUUUUCAAUUUCAAUUUAAUUUUCCAGCCCUUCAUCUUUUUCUCUACUCCACCCCAAAAAAUUCCUGUUUCACAUCUUCUGUAUAUACUUGUAUCUAUAGCCGGUAUAUAAUUUGGACGGAGAAAUAGGGGUGGGGGGUGGGGGUGGGGUUAUAGAGAUUGAAGGAAGUCGAGGUGAUUUUAAGAUCGCAGAAAAAAGGAAAAGGAGAAAAAUGUCACCGAUCGUGGGUUCAAAGCAAGCGGAGCAACUGAAGCAAGAUGGCAACAGUUACUUUCAAAAGAAUCGAUUUGGGGCUGCUAUUGAUGCUUAUACAGAGGCUAUUACAUUGUGCCCUAAUGUUCCCAUUUAUUGGACUAAUCGUGCCCUGUGCCAUCGGAAGAGGAAUGACUGGCAAAGAGUGGAGGAGGAUUGCAGAAAGGCUAUUCAGCUCGAUCACAAUUCUGUAAAGGCCCAUUAUUACCUUGGUCUUGCAUUGCUACAAAAGGAACAGUAUGCCGAAGGUGUCAGGGAAUUGGAAAAGGUAAGCCAUUGUCUCUUACACAUGUUUAAAUAUUUGUCUGGCAAGUGGCAACUGUCCAUACAUCAAAUUGGUACUUAACACUUCGGUAGCCGUGGCACUCUGUGGUGCCUAAUCUGUAUCCAAAAUGAAAAUGAUAAUGUGACCAAGUAGGUCUUUUUUUCCUUAUAUAAUUCUUAAUUUUGCUUUUAUAAUUUCCUCUUUCGUGCUCAUACAGUCAUACUAGUCUAAUCCAAAUGCAACUCUUUUAGUAAUGGUGUAGUGCGGCUGCUAUUGUCAUUGCUCAUUUCUUGGUAUUUUUAACAUAUGAAGUUAGCAGGCCUGAUUGUCAGAAAACAAGUUUCAGAACCUUUUUAUCAUUUCGUUUGCUUAUUUUCUGAGUCUGCAUUUUCCAUAAAGAUGCCUUAGGUUCAAACAUUAACUAAACUUGAUCUUAUUUUAACUAAACUUGAUCUAAUUUCACCCUUAUGCUUUUAGCUAAGUGAUCAUGUAGAAUAACCUAUGUUGCUCGGACUCUCCGAAAAUGUUGCCGGGUGCGUGUUGUAUCCUCCAAAAGUAAUGCAUUUUUGGAAGACCCGCCACGGGCAGGGGCGGACCCACAUGGGGUCAAGAGGGUUCAUAUGAACCCGCUUCAUCAAAAAAUAACACUAUAUAUAUAUAUAUUAUCCUUCUUUCAGAAAAUGUGAGUAUAUUAUUUAUGAUGACCCCGCUUAGAACAAGGACAACGUCCAGCCCAAUGGCAAAGCGAGUUCAAUUCUUUUAGGUUGUCCUGAGUUCGAAGCCAACCAGCCCCAUAAUGGGCACUCUCUUUUCCUAUAUGCAUACAACAGUCAUUUUUUUCUUCCUAUAAACAUCACGUUUUUUGUUUCCCUAUAUCCUAUACACAACACAGCUUUUUUCUUUCCUAUGUUCGUACGACAUGGGAGAGCUUUUAUUUAUCAUUUUUAGACUAGGAAAUAUUUUUUAUAUAUAUACAAUUUAGGGAAAGAAAACUACAUGUUUUAAUUUUUUUCUUAAUAGAAUCUAAAAUCUGAAAUUAUAAAUUAUAUAUUUGCUUUUUUGCAUUUUGAACCCGCUUGAUAAAAAUUCUGGGUCCGCCACUAGCUACGGGUGCGGCAGCAUUUUGUAGUCCGCACAACACUCCAGUGUGUUGUUGAUAGCUUGCUUGUGAAGAACAUCUUGGCCUUAACCAUGUAUUCUUCGUCUUUGCUCUUCCAAUAUAAUUUCUUUUUUAACCAAAGAAGAAGCUUACUGUAAAUCUCAGGGAUAAGUGCCGAAAACGUUUAUUGGAUAGCAACCCUAGCAUCCUCAUAUGUGUUAGGAUCAUCAUGGUGGUGAACUAUUCUAAAAGUUGCUCUUUGAAGUUUUCGAAAAAUAGCUGUCAGACGAGGUGCACAGAUAAAUGAAAAGCUAAUUAUGCUAGAAUAAUAGGCUUUAUGUUUUUCUUUUGUUUUGAUAACGGUGUUGUGCCCAUCUCAACUAUUCCAUCGGAUACUUGCUACCUCCACAGCACAGGCAUCGAGUAACUUCACCCACCAAAGUUUAGGUAGAUAACAACAAAUCACCUUCUUUUUCUCUCCUCCAUUUGUGUUUUUUUUUAACUAUGAUAUUUCUCUGGGACUUGAGUUCGCUUUCACUGCAUUUGUUGUUCACAUAUUAUGGAACCCAUUGACAAAGGAACUAUUUUAGUCCAAUAGAUGAGAAGUGAGCUUGAUGGAAAAAUGGUCGACUUGGUUCGCAUUUCUUUGUUAAGGGUGAGAUCACCACAACUUAAAAUAGUGUUGAUAUUAAGGAUGUUAUUUAUGUUCCUAGUCAAUGACAAGUGAAGCUAGUGAAUUUUUUCAUAUUACCUACUCAUAAUGAAUAAAUUCCUCAAGAAACAUUAUCAGAUAAUUAUUUUUACAUUGUUUUAGCAAACCUAUAUGCUCAUUGUUGGUUGCUCUUACUAGUAGUAACUGAAAAGAAUAGUUCAGUCUGGGGCAGGCUGGCCUUAGGUUCGAACCCUACCACCUUUCUUGUGGAUCAUCCUGUGGUUACCGGAUGAUGGGAAUAUCAAAGUAGAAAUUUGGAAAUGAGCUCAAAAUGUCAAUAUAUGAAUUGUUUCAUUAAUCGUUAUUUACGGUCUUUUCGUUGCAUUCACACAAUACCCGGAGAAAUAACAAGAAGAUUUCGGGUGUGUUUGGUAUGAGGAAAAAUUUUUCCGGAAAAUAUUUUCUAAUUUUUCCAUGUUUGGUUGGCUUAAAUAUUUUAGAAAACAUUUUCCUCAUAAACCAUUUUCCUCCCUAUCAAAAGAAGUGAAAACAUUUUCCAAAAUUCUUUUUCAACCUUCUCCACCCUAUUUACCAUCCCCACCAACCCACCCCAACUCCCCACUCUCCUACCCACCCACUCCAACCUUGCCCACCACCCACCCUAAAUAGAACUAUUAUUAAGAGUACUUUCUUUUCAUGUUGUAGAUAGAGUAUUCUUUAUUAUUUCAACAAAAUGAAUAUAUU